UUUCUGCUGAGUAGUCUGAGCUUAUUCUUAUUGACUCUCCUUUGUAGAUGACUUUUCGUUUAUCUCUUGUUUUCUUUAAAUUAAAAAAAAAAAGUUUUCCCUUUCUGGACUAAAUUGAAAUGUGUAAAUAUCACAUCAGUCUUUUGACAGAAUUAGGCUAUGCUUUACUGUAAGGAGUUUAGAUUAUUUCUGAGUUUUCUUAAUGAACAUAAUAGAAUAUGUGGUUAUACUCUGUGCUUAUUGAGGAUGUUGAAAGGAUUUUAGAAGUACACUCUUUCUCUUACAUAUGGAAGUCUGGACAUCCUUAUUUUGUAGCUAGGAUUUAUUAAACCCUGCAUCCACCUGUCUGAAUACCUGACUUACCCCUUUGACAGACCCCUGUAACUUGGAGAUGUCUUUUGUUUAAUCUUGAAAGUGGUAACUAAGUUUCUUGGGGGGAAUGUAAUCAUGGAACAUAUUCACUUCCUUAUGUUUCAUACCGGACUGGGAAUUGGGGUUCCUGGUUCUGCCAUUAGCUAAAUGUGUCCUUCUAGUCUGUUUUCUCCUCACCUGCAGAAGGACAGGGUUGAAAUGAGUGGUCUCUAAGACACUUGAUGGUAUUAUUCUCUUUGCCCUUCAUACGUAAAACUGUCAUCCCUCAAUUGUGGGUCGCUCAGUUCCUUUAUUAUUUAAUGACAGGAUGGCUUCUACCCCUGCCCUUUGCCUUAUCCCCACAACUUGAAACUGCCUCCCCAAAACGUUUAGCCAGCAUGCAGAGUUGGAUUCAAACUUAGAAAAUACACCAGCUUAGCAUCAUUUGAACAAAAUGGUAUGGAGGUUAUGACUUUAGAUUUUAGGUGCUACCCACCAUGGUCUUCUUUUCAUUAAGCUGGAAGUUGGCAUUUGGUCAAAGAAUUUUACUGCUUCUGGCCAAUGCGAUAAUCCUCUUAGGCUAAAUCCCAGUUUUCGUAUCCUUUUCCAGGUACACAGUUUCUCCUAGCAUGACCAAGCUCUGAUUAGCAACCACGAGAAUUUGAAUCCUGUGUCCAGUGCCAUAGUGCUGGGGCCUAGCUCAUCUUCUACAACCAUGGCCACUGCCUCUACUUCCACCCCUGUAAUUUCACAGCCCCAGUUCACAGCCAUGAAUGAACGACAGUGCUUCUACAAUGAGUCUAUUGCCUUCUUUUAUAACCGGAGUGGAAAGUAUCUCGCCACAGAGUGGAACACAGUCAGCAAGCUGGUGAUGGGACUUGGAAUCACUGUCUGUAUCUUCAUCAUGUUGGCCAACCUACUGGUCAUGGUGGCAAUCUACGUCAAUCGCCGCUUCCAUUUUCCUAUUUAUUACUUAAUGGCUAAUCUGGCUGCGGCAGACUUCUUUGCUGGGUUGGCCUACUUCUACCUAAUGUUCAACACAGGACCCAAUACUCGGAGACUGACCGUCAGCACGUGGCUCCUUCGUCAGGGCCUCAUUGACACCAGCCUGACGGCAUCUGUGGCCAACUUACUGGCUAUAGCAAUCGAGAGGCACAUUACAGUUUUCCGCAUGCAGCUCCACACACGGAUGAGCAACCGGCGGGUGGUAGUGGUCAUUGUGGUCAUUUGGACUAUGGCCAUUGUUAUGGGUGCUAUACCCAGUGUGGGCUGGAACUGUAUCUGUGAUAUUGAAAAUUGUUCCAACAUGGCACCUCUCUACAGUGACUCUUAUUUAGUCUUCUGGGCCAUUUUCAACUUGGUGACCUUUGUGGUAAUGGUGGUUCUGUAUGCUCAUAUCUUUGGCUAUGUUCGCCAGAGGACUAUGAGAAUGUCUAGGCAUAGUUCUGGACCCCGGCGGAAUCGGGACACCAUGAUGAGUCUUCUGAAGACUGUGGUCAUUGUGCUUGGUGCCUUUAUCAUCUGCUGGACUCCUGGACUGGUCUUGUUACUUCUAGACGUGUGCUGUCCACAGUGUAAUGUUCUGGCCUAUGAGAAAUUUUUCCUUCUCCUUGCUGAAUUCAACUCUGCCAUGAACCCCAUCAUCUACUCCUACCGCGACAAGGAGAUGAGUGCCACCUUCCGACAGAUCCUCUGCUGCCAGCGCAGUGAGACCAGCGGCCCCACGGAAGGCUCCGACCGCUCAGCUUCCUCCCUCAACCACACCAUCUUGGCUGGAGUUCAUAACAAUGACCACUCUGUGGUUUAGAAAGGAAACUAAUGAUGAAAAGCUGACCAUCAUCCAUGGAGGGAUGAAGCCUCCCCCUACCAAAUUGCAAGGGCAAGGUGGGGUGUGAGAGAGGAAGAAAAUAAACUCAUGUACUUAAACACUAACCAACGGCAGUAUUUGUUCCUGGACCCCACAACACUUGACAUAUAUUGAAAAUUAGCUUACGUGGCAACUCUCAUCCUGAUCCCCAUUCCUUUGGAAAGUAGAAAGUGGAAUCCUUAUAAUGGAAUUCAUGAAUAGACUCUGGAGUGUCCAUUUAGAUGACACUAACUAGCCUUUAAAAGGUUUUGCGUGGUUUGGUGCCAGUCAGACUUAUUGAAUCCACAACUUCAUUUACAUACAGGCUCCCCCACUUCUUUUUUAAUUCUUAAAGGAUACAUUUCAUUUAAUAAACGUGUUUACGCUGAUCAGCAUGCUUGUGAUGGACAAGACUAUAGCUUUUUUUUUUUUUAACUACCAUAACUAUUUUUUUCCUUAUGUAGAAAAAUUGUAAAUUAGAAUCAUUUUUUUAGAAAGCAUGCAUAUAAUGUAUGUAUGCAGUAAGCCUUAAAAAAUAAAAGGAUACUAAUUGUAAAAUCUUGUGGAAAAUAGAACCUAGAUGUCAAUGCCAGUACUUGUUAAGGUUAUGAAGCAAAAAAUGCUGUAGUCAUAUUAUUACCUUUUUAUUAAAGUGUUAUAUCAGUAUAAACAAAUAGGGAAUGUACAUUUAUUACCAAAAGAAUAUGUACUCUAAAAAGUCAUAGAAGAUAAAAACCAAAUAAUAUUGUUCCCACAUAUUAUGAUACCCAAGUGCAUUCUAAUGACCAGUGCAUCAGAGGAAUUUUUUAA